AGAUGUGAGUGUGUGGUAUGAGAACACAAACUACACAAUCUCUGAAAUGACAGGUGUUGUGGAGCUAUGUGUCACCGCCAGUUCUCCUGGAAUUGACGAAAUAUUUACUCUCAGCGUCACAACUGACACCACUGCAUUUCCUACAGAUUUUUUAAAGCAAAGCACUUACAACUUACAUUGUGUGGUAAAUAGUACCAAUCCAGAGAUAACAAAGUGCUACGACGUUUCGUUUGACUUUGAUGCUAUUACCUGCGAAUACUUCGACUGCAGUGCAUUAAAGACUGUGGUGGCUACCAUAACUAAAGAUGAAACUUCUCGUGUCACCCUCAAUAGACCAAUGACUUCAAUUAUCAUUGAAUUACCACCCAACAAAUGUCCUGACUGCACUCCACCUCCUGAUACUUCUAGUAGUCCGUCCUCUUCAUCAAGCAACAUUAUUAUUGCAGCUACCAUUCCAGCAGUGGUUGUAGUAAUUGCCAUACCCUCUAUGGCAGUCGUCAUCAUGCUAAUACUCUACUGGAAAAAGACUACGAAAAAGCUGCAAAUUCUACUUGAAGAGCGCGCAAGAAAUGUGCCCAUCAGUGAUCAUUCACUCGAUAAGACCAUAAAGACUUCUAUCUUGUCCUCACAAUUGAGAGAGCAACUAAAAGGAAAAGGGAUGUUAUUCUGCAAAGAGGAACUUGAGCUUUCAAGCACUGUGGGUCAAGGAGAGUCAGGACUGGUAUACAAGGGAUAUCUGACCACUGGAAUAGGGAAGGAACUGGUUGCUGUCAAAAACUGGAAAAGCGCUCUUUUCCACCAGUGAUAAGGAAUGUUUGGCAAAGGAGGUGUCUACCAUGUUGUCAUUUAAGCACACUAAUGUCAUGCCUUUACUUGGAGUAUGCCUUGAUGAAGACACGCCCCUACUGAUUAUGCCAUUCAUGACGAAAGGGAGUGUAUUGGAGUUUGUUAAACAUCGCAUAAAGGAGCUGCUCUGUAUCAAUGCACUGGAAGCUGAGAUUUUGUCUUCCAGGAAAAUUCUACUGAAUAUUUGUCACCACAUCUCAAAGGGUAUGGAGUAUCUUGCAGUGCACAAGUUUGUUCACCGCGAUCUGGCAGCACGGAACUGCAUGAUCGACCGUGAUGGAGUGAUAAAGGUCGCAGAUUUUGGACUAACCGAGGACAUGUAUGGCACCAACUACUUCCGUCGGGAAAGGGGAGAGGGUGGGAGUGAGGAAAAGGUGCCCAUCAGGUGGAUGGCUCCCGAGAGCAUUGAGGAAGAUAUCUACGCUGAGGCCACUGAUGUGUGGUCAUUUGGAGUGACAGUGUGGGAGAUCUUCACUUGUGGGAGGAUCCCAUACACUGGUGUUCCAGCCAUACGCCUCCUGAAGGAACUGCAGGGCGGGCAGAGACUGGAGAGACCUGACAAUCAGGCCUGCCUGGAUGAAGUGUAUGAGAUUAUGAUGCGUUGCUGGUCACUGGACUCCCGUGCUCGUCCGCUGUUCAAGGAUUUGGUGGGCAAGUUCAGUGGUCUUCUGGAGAGGGAGUCAGACUACCUGGAGUUGUCUGCUCAGACUGCCUCUCCACCCUUUUCUCCACCUGCUGAUCUUGUUGUCACCCAGGAACAGGGAACUGCUGCGGCUGAGAAUGAAACUGAAAUCUGAAUGAAGUAUGGUAUAACAUGACUGUAUUACUGCAGGACAACAUGCUAAGAGAGAGCCUACCUAUACGAAUGCAUUCCCAAAACCUUUCUCUAAAAGUAAGGCACAGUUGUGUAAGAGCUGCGUAGUUAACAAUGUCGUUUUUGUAAUCCAAAAUCAUCAGAGUAUUAGUAUUUGUAGUAUAUUGGUCUUUCUUCUUUCUUGAGAAC